GUUCUGUUCCAGCACGACCGCAGCCGCUUCUUCCGCCUCGUGGGGCUUUUCUGCGCGGGCCAAGGGCUCUUCUGGGCUUACCUGGCGCAUUUCGCCUUCACGGCGCUGCGCCCCGCGCCCGCAGCCGGCCCCGGGCCCGAUGACCCGCUGCGACCCCGCGACAACAAGUGGCGCUUUGGGUUCACGGCGUCCUGCCUCACCGUCGGUACCGGGGGAGCGGGGCUGCGAUCGGAGCGGGCUCAGGAACCGGGAUCGAACCGGGCUGAGGGGGAGCGGAACAGGGCCAGGGCAGCGGGGGCAGGAGAGCGGGACCGGGCUCGGGGCAGCGGGACCGGGAUCGAACCGGGCUCGGGGCAGCAGGACCAGGGCUCACACCGG